AAAAAUUCUUAGUUUUCCUAGUUUUGUGUUCUUCUUAAUUUUCGUUAUUUAUUAAGGUUUCUGGUAAUCAGACAAUCUGUGAUUUCGUUGUUAACACCAUGAAAGUGUAAAGUGUGAUUUCCCCAACCAACAAUUUCGUUCCUGUUUGAAGUGUUUUUAUUGAUAAAAGUAUGGAAAGCCACCAAACCAAACCUCUCUACUCGUGUGAGGCUCUUCAUUCAAUAAUUUCAAACCUACGGGCGACACCAAAAGACUACAUGAUCCGAACCUAUUUCCACAUUAAAAACAUAACCUCAGGCCCGGAAUACGACAAAUACAAGCACCGUUUAAACAACGUCAUUUUUAACAACUUGUUUAAUAUUGUCACAGAAUUAACCGUUUCGAUUUAUUUCCCAAAAUGUCAACAAUUAGUCUACAGCGACUUGGGCACAAUUCGAUUCUUGUCUUGCAUAUACCCCAACACUAUCACUAGUGGUUUUUACCCGGUUUUUGUCCAAUACUUUGAUCGCAAAGAGGGAAUCAAACACCGACUUUUGGACUACACAAGUCGUGUGUCCGAAGUCGCCUCGAUUUUGGUGUACUUUGGUGUUAUUGGACAAAUUGUGGGCUAUUGUGGCGAUUAUUGUUACCGAGAUUCGGUCAAUUCUACGUCAAGUGACCAUUUCCAAAGUCUCAAGAUUUUGACCCGAGGAAAUAUUAUGGACCUGCCCUAUUCGGAUAAUUUCCUUUCAACAUUGAUGGGUUUUUUGGUCGAUUAUUUGCCGGAGAAUGUGAUCCUUGCCUUGGACAAGUUGGGUGAUGUUUUUGUGAAUAAUAGUGGUAACUCGCAAAUAGCCCGCGAGUUGGUUUCCGAGUACAAGAAGUGGAAGCGAAGCAAUGAACAUGUCUUGUUGAGUAGUUACACGAAUUUUGUGAUUGAACAUUUGGUGGCUCUUAAUGCCUAUUUGGAACGGUUCAAAUGUUUGCCAUAUUCGGUGGGUUGUCUGUUCUCGUCGGUCUUGAACCGGUUUAUGCUUGUUUUUACCACUGACAUUUACAAAGAGAUUGAUAAGAUUAAAAUGAGUGAUAAUUGUGCAGUAAUCUACUAUUUCCACUUGGUGAGAAUCCGAGAUUUGUUCAAAUGUUAUGAGGAUUUGGGGUAUAUACCACUCCGAGCUCGCAACUUCUUGGACUCAGAAAUAAACUAUUUGGUUACAAGUCAAGUGGUUGAUCUUGCUAAAGACGAUAAAAGUCUUGAAAAACUCCAAAAAGAGAUUACAGUGAUUGUUGAUUUAUUCUACACAAGAGCUAAAAUCUACAUUGAGACUCUUCUCCUACAAUUCCCGAAUUUUGACACCUUUGAUUGGAUUCUCUUUCCAGUCGACUAUAGCAAAGUCCAUAAAACUUUCCAUUUGUUAAAAGAAACGGAAAGGAAUUGUCAAACUUGCCAUCAACUGUAUCUAGAAGUAAAAAAUCUCGAUUCGCUUAUUCGCAAGUUACCACUAGAUGAAAUUGAAAGUGUGGUUGAAAAGUGGUUAUUGGUCUUGAAAGAGUGUGAAUUUCCUAUAAUUGGAGAAUUGUUGGAGUAUUUAUUGUCGCUCCCGGCCUCCUAUAAGGUGAUGGAAGAUUUGGAGGCUUGGAAAUCGGAUGAGUGUGCGAAAAAAGUCGUCAAAAUGACUGUCGAUUGUCUCACACUCGACGAAAUUGAGGAGGUUUUUGAGGAUUAUUAUUGGGAAGACGCAACCAAUAUUAUCAAGAGACUACAAAUUCCAGCUCUUGAGGAUUAGUUACCACUAUUUUUUUUUUGUUAUUACGAAACUGUUUCUAUUUCUUUUUGUUUUAUUUUCUAUAAAUUUGUAGUAUUUUGAAUUUAAUAAAAAAAAUAUAAGAAGCUUAAUUUUUG